CGCAGUAUCAUACGUUCUGUUUUACUUACAUUAACGGUUUUCCGUACGUAAAUACUGAUGCGCAAUUUCCGUCGAACUAAAACGGACUCGACAAAAAGGACACCUCUGACUCUGCACCGAAAGAUACCGAAACGCUGAAGGUUUACGUUAUGGAAAAGAUAGCCAAUUUCUUUCAUCAAGGUCAUCAUGAUUCAAAUUCUCAAGAGAAUUUUUCCCACAACCAUCAUGGGAAUCACAAAUCCCCGGAGUUCCAAAGCAACCCAAUACCACCGACAAAAAUAGCAUGCGAAGAUGGCGUCCUUGAUGUGUGUUUGUUGGGAAAGGCUACGUUAGGCGUUUGUUCAUAUCUAAAAAAGGAAAUAACCGUAUACGAUAUCACUGGAAAAAAACUGUUUGCAUUGAUCACGCGCAGGUUUCCGCAGUACUUGGAUGGGAUAACUGGAGGAAUGGUAUUUUCCGAUUUAGAUGAGAAUUCAGUAUUCAAAGCUGCAUUUCCACCUUCAAAUCCUAGAGAAAAAAUGAAAGAUGUUGAAAUGGUGCCUAAGAAAAAAGAAAAAAGCGAACUUAAAAAGAAACUUAACAUCACUGGUAGUAGCAAGUCAUCUGAGAAGGAUAGCAAAGCGGCAAAGAAACAAAGCAAAGAGAAGGCGAAGUCAAAGGAAGACGAAAAAAUGGAAGUUGACAAUGAAAAUCCGGAAGUAGAAAAAGAAAGCGGGAAACUGAAUGAUGGCCCUGGUACUGCUGACAAAGAAGAGAAGAAACGUGAUUUAAAGGAAGAAACUGUGGUUGGCACAGGGCAAUGGAUUCCAAAAGGUGUUCAUACCACAAAGUCAGGAGACAUACUUGUCUGUCUUUGGAAUGGACAACGGAAAGAAAAGUCACAUGGAAAAGUUAUCAAAUACAGUAAAAUGGGGAAAGAAUUAAAAGAAUUCGACAGCCACAAUCACAGGGCUUUCUUCGCUUGCCCUAUGUAUGUUACGGAAAACGGACUUGGAGAUAUAUGCGUUUCGGACUGGAAUAAAAAGUGUGUAGUCGUCGUAAGCAAAUCAAGUUCCAAGAAGUUUGAGUAUGAAGGGCACAAGGAACAAAAUGACGAGGAGAAUAAGUUUGACCCUAGAGGUAUUUGUACAGAUUCCUUCCACCACAUCAUUGUGGCUGACUAUUGGCACCAUCGUCUUCAUGUUCUGGACGACAAAGGCCAUUUCCUACGAUAUUUUGUGUACGACAACAUCAGAGGUCCGACUGGAAUGUGUAUUGACGAAAACAAUAUCUUAUAUGUUGGUGAAUUGGGAGGGAAGAGCGUCAAUGUGAUAAAAUAUUUAAAAUGAUUUAUUUCUGCACAGUACCCAUUUUUGGCAAAUACGAUAAAACAUUGAUGUGAAUGCGUUAAACUUAGCAUAAUGCAUGUAGUGCAUAAUUGUGAAAAUAUAUCCAACAAGAUUAUUACCCGGUAAUGAUCAACAUACCUGUUUAGAUUGUUGACUUUUUUUAAUGAAUAAUAUUAUUAUAACAAUAUGUUUAAAUAACUAAUAUUAAUUAACAUUUUUGAUUGAUAGUCAUUUAUGGUUUUCUUUCAUUUGGAACUAAAAUCCAGCCAUAGAGCUAAUAAUAUUUGAUUUUUAAUUGAUUUUGAUACGCAGAGCAUUCUAAUCGUUUUACCCUGAAAUGUUUUCGUUCAUAGUAGAGCAUAAAUUCCGUAUAGCUGGGUUUUUUUUGUGGUACAAAAAUUAGGCGGGUUUGGGCCUACAGGGUACACCGUAUAUUUUGGCGGAUGUAAUAUGGUGAAUCCUUUUCCUUUCAUUAACAAUCUCUUGUCAGUUUGUUUUUUACAGUUGAGAAGUACAUGUCAAAAAAAAAAUCCCAAGUUACUAGGCUGUAAAAUUCGAUGUCGGAUCUUGGUUACAAACACUUUAAUAUUUUCAGCAGAAAUAAAUAAAUAAAUAGUAAUUAAUAUAAUGCUUGAAUAAAAAGUAUACCUUGUUGACAAUUAAUUUUAAUUCUAUUGUUAUGAUAGAAUCGGAUAAUUUAAAAUCUGGACCUGAGUCAAUAAUAUAUCAAUCUCCUAAAACAACACAAGCUAACGCCCCUGUCACUGGGGUUAAUUAACCCCUGAAUGAGAAAAGUGAUGUAUUGAUUAUGAGUAAAUGUAUACUGGUGUAUGUAACACUGUAUACAUUACAUGUAACAAUUGUCCUUUUAUUUCAUGCUCACAGGCUUUGAAAAAUGGAUGAAAAAAUAAGCUCUAAAAACUACAGUAUGUCAUAAAAAUAUGCAAAUAAGUACUUAAUUUUGGUGAUUUUAAUUUUGGCGAAUCUUCCAAAAUCGCCAAAAUUAUAUCCCCGCCGAAAAAAAAGCCCAGCUAGAUAUGGCAUGUUUCACAUAAUUGUAAAAAUAUAUCCAGAAAGAUUUGUAUGCUGUAACGAUAGAAAUGCUUAGAUUUUUUCUUUACAUGAAAUGCUCUUUUGUAUAACAAUGUGUUUAAAUUUCUAAUUUUAGACAUCAUUCUUGAUCAAUAGUCGUUUUGUAUGUUUGUCCUUCAAUUGGAGCCAAAAUCCGGCUACAUACAUAUCCGGCUCUAUACAUUGUAGCUUAGAUUUAAUGUUUUAUUGAGUUUUGAUGCGAUAAAGCGUUCUUAUUGUUUUA